AUGACACCUGUUAUUUUUAGUCUACUAAUAGCAAUUCCAUGUUUAAUUUACUAUAUUCAAAAUGUAUCACUCACUACAGAAGAAUUAACAUGUACGACUACCGAUGCAUUCUUCCAACAAUUAAAUAUUUAUUUUUAUCGUCUCAUUAUGGCCAAGGCCAAUAUGUUACCUCUGUUCGUUACACUUGUAUUCGGAUUGUUGACUUAUCAAAAUGUAAAAUCCAUUGCUUAUCGAACAAUAUUUUCACUUACAUUACUCUUUUUUGCACCAACGACUUUAAGAAUAGUAUCACUCAAUCCGAAUAUAACUCAAGAUCCUUUGAGUGAAGCACAAUAUCAAUUAGCUAAUGUUAUAACUGUGAUGUUUUACUAUCUAUACUUUGCUGGUCCAUUUUAUAUUUAUAUAUGUGUUUCUGAACGAUUUCGUCAUCAAUUAAAAUAUGUUCUUUUAGAUAUUCAUCUUAAUCGAUGGCGAUGA